CCCAGCAGAGGGCGUUUCGCGCCAGAAUAAUCAAGUAGCAAGAGUUUCCAGUUGAAAACCAUCACGGAAACAGGAUUAAACAGAAAACUACAUCUUAUCUUUAAGAUAUAUAUCGUCAGUUGGCAGAUGACACCAGACCAUUGUUAUGUUGACCUAGAUAAUAAUCUGCUCACGUAAUGAAUGUACCUGGCUUUAGCUGAGCAUGGGAUUUAGUGAGAUUUUACAGAAAAACAUAAGCUACCAAUAAAUCUAGUCAUGAACCAAAAGAAAAUGGCGAAGACAGGUCAUCAGUAUCUUUGUGCUAAGAAAAUGGUGCUGAAAAAAUACAGAAAACAAAGAUUUGGCGUAAGAAAGAAAUGCCUACCAUCAUUACAACAUGUUCUCGACCCCGAAACUGUUAACACAAAGUUCAAACUUCAAAGGCAGCAAGUCAGCAGAAUGCAAUCACAUGAGACUUUUAGUAGCUCAACCCGAAUGGAAGACGAAACUUUCACUUUAUCUCAGUUGGUCACUUCUAGUCUAUCACACACCAAUGUGUGUUCAGAAUUUCCUAUUUCAGAGAUUGGGAGUGAGUUAUCAGGAAACAGAGGCAACGGAAAUUCUCCAUUUAACAGUAGUAAUAGUUGUGGUUCACCAGAAAGUGCUGUGAUACAGAAUAGCUAUCUCCAAAGAUGUCCAAAGCAAGGUCAAGGGUCGGGUACCGAAGGGCCCAAAUUUAACAACAUGAAUGACUGUGACAAGUGUAUCUUGCAUCCAGAACAGAACAACAACCUUGGUUUAGCGAGUGGAUGUGGAUGUCCCACCAGGAAUGAUGGUACACCUGUCAGGGAUAUAGAAGAAAGCAUCAUUGAUGUGGUGUCUCUGGAUGAGGAGGAGAGUGUUGUAGAUGAGGAAGACUCGGUCAGUCAAGAUAAUAUAAAUCAUGUCUCCAAUGCCUUUGAUCCGGAAGAGUGCCUAGACAAGAGAAAACCUCUUUCUGUGGACGUUACCAUGGCUGAGCAGCUCUCUAGUGUGCCAUCACCAUGUAAAGUUAAUCAACGAUCAUCGUCCAGGUCAUCCGUCUCCCCCAUCAACUGGCAGCAGCAAUUUAUGUCCUUCCUGUCCACCACUCCAGAACCCACCUCGGUACAGGAUGCACCCAUGCAUCUGUCCUCACACAAGAGCCCAUCACAUUCCUCGCGAAAGAAACGAUCACGGAAAGUUCGAAUUAGCAUGUGUCCGUGCUGUGUAGGGACAUCACCUCAUUCCAUUCAUGGAAAGAGGCAAAAACAUCACAGUGGACAUUCACGUAAACACAGUCUGUCAAAAGAACACAAACAUUUCAUUCGGGACAUGGUUCAACUUGUGUCUCUAAGAAACAAAGUUGUGACAUUAUUCUGCAGCAUAUUUCCUCAAUGCCAGGAUUUCAUUCGUGCGAUGAAUCCAGACAGUGAGAAAGUUGAUUUGCUCAUAGAUCAAGUGGUGGACAUCCUACAGACGCCAGAACCUUUUGACAUUGCCCAUCUGGAGGAUGAGAAAGAUGACGUCAAGUCAGUUGCGACAUACUCUGAUAGUGGCACCGACCCUGUGGACCUGUCGGAAUAUCCUAGUCUGGAAAAACCUGAUGAGUUUUUCUUUGCAGACAAAGAUUCUGAUGACAUGCCGGUACUUGAUGAUUACAGUGCCGAUGACAAGACACAAGACGAAGGUGAAUCUGUCUCAAAGGGCCCUAGUUAUUCUGAAGACUUUUUAGCGUUUUUGGGAAAGACCAGAAAUAAUCAGCAACAAAAAUGUACAUUAGAUCUAGGGGCUAAUUCAAUUCUUUUGGAGUCAGAUCCACCAAAGUCUUUAGAAAAAUCAGACAGCAGUGAUUAUGGUUUGAAAAAUUGCAGUAGUGCUUUUUCAGAAGGAGAUUCAGGUAUUCUCAUGAUCAAGGAUCAUGAUGUCAGGGAUGGGGGAUAUUGUUGUCCCGAACUUUUAAAUCAACAGGGGCCAAAUACUGAUUUAGGGGACAUAUGUAAUUCAAAGUGCAAUACUAAUCAUAAAACUGGGCCAAGUGUGCUUUUGAGGCAAACUAGUGAAAGAAAGACCCCAGAAUUAUCAAAUGUUAAAGAUAAAUUUCAGGGAUCUUUUCAAGAGUUUCUAAAUUCUAACAGGAAUGAAGACUCGGAUGAUAGUAAUGAGAGUGACCAUGAUAUACAUGAUUUUAGUUGUGAGGAAUUGGAGGAAAAUGAAAACAAACUGACCUCGUUUACCAGCAUCAAUUCUCAUCAGCCUAUACAUCUACCUGCCUAUUCAGACAUUUCAGAAGCAAGCAGAUUGUCCAGCAGCUCGCCCUUUGAUUGGACAGGGGGUGCAGACUCGCCUCUAUUUGGUAAACCGGAGUCCAAGUACAGUUUCCUUCACAAAGCAGAAUCUCAGGCCUCCCAGCCAGACAGCAAACCCUGUGACAAUGAUCUACCUUUAGGUGAUGCUGAUGGGGCAGCCAGCGGAGCCGCAACUUUAUCAGGGACAGACUGUCAGCAGGACUUGUCUUUGCCGUGUGUUCAGUCAGAAACAGCUAAGGGACAGACAAAAACAAUUAAGAUAUAUGAAUCAUAUGUUGAAACCUGUAGGAAACCAAAAAUUUGUUUAAAAGCCCUCAAACAUAGACUCAAUGCACUGCUAACAUGGAUGUUGCCUAAUGCAAAUUUAGGCGGUGUGUAUUUCAAGAGUUUUGACAAUCUUGAAUAUUUGCUAGACGUUCUAAUCUAUUCGAACACUGUGACAGAUGACACAGAUUCUCAUGUUAAAGAUAUAUUGUAAAGUAACCAUUUUUUCUCACAACUAAACAUCAUUCACCCCUGAAGUCACAUUUGAACUCUCCCUGUUCAAAGGUUGGAAUAGUUCAAUAUGAAACUUCAGGGGUAAAUGAGUUAAGGUUGCGAGAGAAAUUUUUUGUUUGAUGCAUGUGAUCAUAAAUGUUACGUUGUCACGGAUCCAGUCUGACUGGACGUUUAUUUGCAAUAGUCUUGUCAAUGAUUUGUGAAAUAAUUUUGUAUACUACAUGUAGGUAUCGAUACAUGCAGGCCACAAGUAAUUAUGUUAAGGUCAAUGCAGGGUUUUUCCUUCCGUAUGCAUGUACUUCAUUUUUGCAUGUUACAUUUUUUGAAUGCAUGAUGCAGACAACAUUUACCCGGUAUAGUAGAAGUUAUUUAUCAACAUAUUGUUGCUGUUUCUAACUUCCUAAUUUCAUUUCAGUAUUUUUUUUUAUUAAAUUCAUCUGUAUAAAAACCAAUGAUUUUUGCAAGUAUUAUCCAGACCAUGUUGAAUAAGUAAUUAAGUGGCACUAUACAGUAAACGUGAUAUGCGCUGUACAUGUGAUAUUUAUAAAUAUACAGCUACCUGAUCGGGGCUAUGUCACAGGAAUAGUUAAAUUUUGUCUACUACAGUAAAUUUUAUUAGUGUUUCUCCCCCUUGUGUUGCUGAUAAUAUUCAGAUGUAGUUCAAAAUUUUAGUUUUAGGAUUGUUUCAGAAUUUCAUCAAACCUAAAAGGUACUAUAUUACUAUUUUGUAGUUUAAAAUACACUUUUAUCCCUUUUGAUAUUUCUGUAUUUUCCAGUUUUAGUAAUCUCGUGGCAGCUCGGUACCCAGUAGUUAUCUACAGAUUGAACAGAAGAUACGUACUGGUAGCAAUAUUCCUCUCAGUUAUAGAGUCUGGUGUUAAACAAUAAAAACCAGACUAAAUAUAGAAGACUGAAAUUAGAAAAAAAACAUGGUUCUACUUUACCCAUUACAGAGCAUCCUUUUUUACAAAAAUCUGUUAAAUUGUUCAAUGUUAUAUAGUUUCAGUUUUGUUAUUCUUUAUUUUCCACUUAAUCUGGAAUUCCUUGUAGCUUACAUGUGUAAGUACAUGCACAAUUUGGCAUUUGAUUUAUGUCUAUAUAAUUCAAAUAACCAUCCAUGUAUCGGUUUAGUUUUUCAAACUGCUAAAAUUCAAUCCAUUCAUUAACAAAAUAAAACAGAAUGUCUACUUUCAGUUUUGUCAUGGCAAUUCAUGCUGAGAGGUUUUUUUUCUAAUAUCGGAGUAAAUAAUAUGUAUUUUUGUACAAAAGCAUUGCAAAUGAUGAUGAUUAAAAAUAAAUUAGGAUUUAAAUGGAAACAAUUUGAGAGGAUUUAUAGACAAAAUGCAAAAUUGAAUGAAUGGAUCUUACCAAUUUUUAUUCAAAUUAUGUAUCAACAUGUUACUGUUUGUUAUGUUUUUGUUGAAAGUACUUCAAAUGUAUUUCAUUAUAUGUUAAGUAUUUGUUCAGUAUAUGUAAUGAUAGAUUAUUUAUUACUUUUGAAGUCUAAAAAAUAUUGUGAAUUCUAAAGUUGAGUUUUCAAAACAAAUUAUAAAUUAAAACUGAGGUUUAAACAAUAUUGAGCGUUAAACAAAAAUGAUGUACCUGUUGUUUACCUUGAUUGUCUAGUGCACCCUCCAUUUCAGUCAUUAUAAAUUGAAGGGUGGUUAAACAAUUUGAGUGGAAAUUAAAAUAUUAUUUCUUAUAGUUUUAUGUUACAUACCGGUAAUUAUUAACAGUAGACCAACCAGUGUGGUCAAUACAUUGGCAUGUCUAAGGUUAACUCAUGAUCCACCCCUGAAGACACAUUUGAACUCUUCCAAUUCAAAGGUUGGAAUAGUUUAUUAUGAAAAUUCAGGGGUGAAUGAUCAUGAGUUAAUAAUAUAAUAUUUGUUUAUGUCAACUGAAAUUCUCACCAACAAGACAACUUCUGAAAUACACACUCAUGUAUAUUUGAAGUAAAUAUUAGAUAUUUGACCAUGGUCUUAUAGUACGUUACACGUACAUCGUAGAACCGUUUGUUAGUGUACAGUCGACAGAUUUAAGAGAGUGCCUAUGAAAUAGGCCAGAAUACUUAAUUAUUGAUGCAGUUAUGUUUGUCCCCUCCUCUCUGUUAAGUUGUUACAAUGUGAUACCUGUUACAUGUAAAUACUGUGUUAAAAACGAAAAGCAAUGUUAACUAUGUGAAUACUGUAUGGAAGUGUAUCGGGCCAAAUAAAACAAAUCUUGUGUUUCCGCUAACCCUACCUACCCUAGAGUUUUGUGUCUACCCUUAAGUUUGUAUUGGCGUUUAGUGAUGUGCACUGUGAAAGUCAGAACUCUUACUCUAUAAUCUAUAUAAGCAUAGUAAAAGGAUUUUGCAAAAUAAAACAAAAAUGCCUGCCUACCUACCUACCCUAUUUUUUCUGAGGAUGGUAGCGGAAACACAUAUUUUUUUGCUUCUUUUUGGCCUCAGUCGACAGAUUUUUUUCUGGAAUUGACCCAUUUUCUUGUCUUUGUGAUGCACAAAAAAUAUACAUGUUUGCUGUUAUCUGUCCCUGUGGUUAAUUGCUGCAAGGCUCUCCCUGAAAUGAUUUUUCUCCUGUGGUUAAAAGCUGUAUGGUCCUACUCACUGAUAACAAAAUCUCCUUGUACCUGUUACUUUUGAUUCGGUUCCGUAUCAAUUUGAAGGGACCCUAAAAGUAGGAAAUUUUAUUCAUGGUUAAAAUGAAAUGUUAAGGACAUCUUACUCUCUUAUCAUUAUUGCAUUAACAUCACCCCAUUGCAUCACCCCAAAAAAACACAUUUGAACUCUUCCAGUUCAAAGGUUAGAAUAAUAGUACAUUAUGAAAUUUCAGGGAUGAAUGAGUUAAAUUAAUACAUGUACUUACAUGCAGGGAUGAAGAAUAACUUGGGUGUAGUUAAGAAACCAAUAUUUUUGGGAUUGCAUGAGUUUAAUUAAAAAGUACUUUGGUGCUAAUUUUGUUAGAAGUUGGAUCAAUAUACUUAUUUCCAGUCUUUUUGUUUCCAUUUUGUUUUAAUACAACUUUGUAGGAAUAGGGAUAUAUAUUAAAAAGAAUAAUCUCCGAAUAAUGGUAAGUUCUUGUGGUACAUCCUAAACUGUAAUUUCCUAUAUGCUGCACUAUUAUACAAGUGAGUUUGGGACGGAAAAUGGUUCAACUCCCCUCUGAAAUUAAGGUAAUUUUCUUUCUGCCUUUUUGUAAGAAUUAACCACCGAAAAAAAAUUAACCAAUCCCGGAAAGUAACCUCACUCUCCUGAACAUUUAUAAACCAAUCAGACAAUUGAGUGUUUUUGCACUUUCUUGUUCUGACCAGUAUUAAUUAAUGGAAGAAAACUAUAUAAAUACCCAAUUUACCACUAGAUAUGCUAUUUUUAAACUGCUCAUUUGAAUAUUUCUCCCUAUAAUAAUAAAAAAAAAAGGUUAUUGAUACAGAAAGGUAGGAUAAUCUUUGCAAACAAAUCUGAAACGUUUAAUAAAUCAAUUCAAAAAUCUCACCAAGAGCUACUAACAGAUGUUAUUUACCACUACAGGUAUACAAUUUUCAGAAGACCAUGUUUAGAGGCCCAGUAUAAUGCAACACAAAUUGCUCCACGGCAAAAGUGCUACUCGUUCAUUCUAGCACACCAGUGUUAAAAUGCUGUCUAACGUUGUGAUCUAAACCUUAGGUUCUGUAUAGGCCAUAUGUUGUACACUUAACACAUCUAGGGAAAUGAAGAAUAAAAAAUAAGGCGGAGUUUAUGCCUAGUUUGUUUAGGUACAUACACAUCGCCAUGCUCAUUUAUAUUGUUUGCCUUUGUUGUAUACGGUUACCAAGCAUUGGUCACAUGUAUAAGUGGAAAAGACAAUUUGAGAUCAUAAUCAUAAUGUGGCGUAAGGUAAUCAUAGCUUUAUUUUUCUCAGGUCCCAUAUCUUCUCAGGAUCAUGACCAAUUUAUAUCGGGGGGGUUUCAAUUCGACAGAUGCAGGAGUAAUAUUUCAUUGGAAAAAAACAAAUUAAGAUCUAAACCCCCAAAAAAUAAAUGAAGUAGGAUUAUACAGAAUUUCCCAUGUGCGUGUCCGUCCAGAUGUUUUCACAUGCUUUUCUCUUAUAUAUAGGAUCAGUCAAAUUGGUACAUAGCAUCUAUUCUAGAGAAGGGAAAGUGCAGAGAAUGAAAUUAAAUCACUCGCUGAAUAAAGAAGAAUAACAAAUCUUUAACAAUUCUAAGGUAAAGUGCAUGCAAGGUCAUAUUCGGUAGAUACUUAGGUAUAUGUAAAGGAGGAAAAGUGUACAAAAAUAUUGAUUUAAGCCUUUUGCAUUCAAACCAGGGAAAACAAUUUGAGGAGCCCCUCUUUACAAUAUAACAUAGGGUAUUAUACUGAAGUAAAACUAUGUGAUACUAUCUGGGGAAGUCAUAGUGUAGAAAAUCAAAAUUAGGUUACCGCAACCUUUGUUUGAGCUUAAUCAAGAGAAUACAUUUUCUGGGGCAUGUCUUAUUAACUUUUUCAUGUAGGAUCAUCCAAAUUUUCAAGUCCGACCUACUUUAGCCGCAAAGCAGGUGUACCACAAAGCCCCUUGUUUGGAGUUUCAUCUAGUUCAUGUUGUACGUGUUUCUUAUAGAGGUCCUUUUAUUUUUAAGUUGACAUGAAAUGUUUGUCGUUAAAAUUGAAAUGUAAUAUUUCGUCACUGAUGAUGAAGAACCCCGACCUGGGACAGCCCUGUCCUGAUAAUGCUUACAGUAGUUGAUGUAUUGUGCAUGUUACUCAAACCAUAUUGGAGAGAAAUAAAUUGUGAAGAUUUUGUAGUUAAAUUAUGAUUGAAUUUGUAAAUGGCAGCCACAUUUCUUAGGAAAAUAGGUGCGUUGUAAUUUAGAUUUUGCUUUUAAUUGUUGUUUAAUGGAUUUUGAAACGAGUGAAUCAUGUUUUAUGAUUUUUAAGUGAUUACAAAUUCAUUGCCAUUUAUAGAAGGGUUCAAAUUUGUAAGACAUAAUCUUUUUUUGAGUUGUUUGCAAAAUGUAUAAUAAUUUAAUGAAACAAAAUGAUAUGAAAUCAAUUUAUAUAAAUUUUUGUGAAUCAGUUUGUCGAUGUUUCACCUUCUCCAAUAUGAUUAGCAGAAUAUAUUUUUGAGGGUUCACAGAUGUUCACGAGAAGUUAUCAUAAUAUAUAUGUAGCCUGUUAAUAUGUUGUUCCUUGUGGGGUAUAUUUAUUUAAGACUACUUGUUAUGAAAUAAAUGUUUAAUGGUGUACGCCAUCAAUAUUAAAGAGGGGUAUUAACUUUGGAUGUCAUACUGAUACAGAUACAGAUACCUGUUUAACCUAUUAAAACAUUUUCCAAAAAGACUUUCUUUUCAAAUGUCCAACAUACAUUAUGUAUGACACUUACUGCAAAUUCUAUUAAAUUGAGAGUGUAAUCUACACAACACGAGGUAAAAAGACUGAAGUGCUAUUUAAUGUAAAAUACGAUGCAGACUUUGUUGAUGUAAACAAUACCAACUGUGCCAUAUUUGUGGUUAUUGCGGUGCAAUAUCUUACGAAACAGUCCACCCAAAUUUUGGUACUGGAAACCUGAUAGCAGCUGGCAGUGAAAAGCAUGGCGACUAUAUGGAAAGUCAGCUACUUUGCAGUCGGUAUUAAACCAAUCACCACUAAGCCAGUUGUCCCCCUGUCCAGCCAGUGUCUAAGGGAACAAAAAUAUUCCCCAACCCCCAAAAUAGUGCAGGCAUCUAAGAAAUUUUGCUGAGAACAUAGGUGGCUAAAUUAUGUAAACUCACUGCAGUUUUAACACUGACUGAUACAAACCACGAUAGUGCAGUACUGUGGUCCUACUGUACCAGUAGUUAAAGGUUAUUUUCCUAUGAAAUCACUGUUGUAUAUAAUAAUGUUACAGAUAUAUAUAUAAAUACAUGUACCCAUCGGAUGCCUAACAAGUUCCACAUGUGAUCUUAGUUGUUUCAUUGUUGAUAAAUGUAUAUAUUCUAUUGGUCAUGUUUCACUCUUGUGUAUAUUUAUAAAGUGGACUACAUCGUAUGCUCUCAGUAUUAAUAUGAUCUUUAUAUAUAUAUCAAACUCUAUACCUACAUCUGUUGUUACAUUGACUUUACAUCUGUUUUCUGUAAAUAGCUGUCUCUCCCCACUGUCAACCUUGGUGAACUGUUCCAAGACAAUACGAGAUGAGUCCACUGUGUGAUAUUUGGUGAGAUUACUGUCUUCAUUAUGCAUUGUACAUGGUACAGGAAUAUUGACCAAAGAAGAACCAUUAUGUGGAUGAGGUUGUAUACUUAAAUGUUGCUAGCAUAAAAUUCCUUUGCUCCACACAAUUUUUAUCCAUGUUCCAAAAUUUAUUUCUUCUAGAAAUUUGAACUUUAGUACAAAUAUUUUUAAUAAGUUACUCAUUCAUCCCUGAAAUUUCAUAAUGGACUAUUCCAACCUUUGAAUUGGAAUAGUUCAAAUGUGUCUUCAGGGGUAGCUGAGUUGAAAGGCAAAGCAACUUUGGUUUUCUUCUCCGUACCUUGACACUGUAAACUAUGUGUUAGCCUUAGAAAACUUUGUUUAUUAGCUUCUUGUGUGCUACACGUGAAUGUGUACUUAGAAAUAUUUUGUUUUUUCGAUGUAUGUUCCUACUGGCUAGGCAUGUUACCUGGGGGCAGACAAAUGAAAUGCCUGAUCAUUUAUCAUUAUUGUUCUGUGUAAUUAUAGAUUGAACUACUGCCAAAUGUUAAAUAUUGAUUGUGUAAUUACGCAAGUAUCAUAAUUGAUCAUGUCACUUGGAAGUAUUUUGAAAGUCAUCAUUUUAUUAUUAGAGAUAAAGAGGUUUUCUCC